AUGGAACGAUCCAGCAGAGGGCAACCACCAACACUACACCAGCUGAUGACUCACAACUUGCUGCUGCCUCUCCUGACGACGGUUCCCGCACCCCAAAAUACCACCUUGCUUCCCCCUUCAGCAUCCCUUCCUCCACAGAAGUCGCUGCCCUGCGAAUCGCCAGAAGCGUUCAAUUUUUCUGCACAAGUUUAUAGACAAGCGUCUGGUGCUGAGCCUGCUGGUGAUCGCCACGAUGGUGGGGAUUAUCUUCAAUGGCGCUGCUUUGCAUCUUCUCAUCACCUUGGCAGCCACCACGCCGUUGGUGUUGUGCGAGCAUGUGGAUUGGAGAGGACGCCAUGGUGGCGGCUGCUGAUAAGGAGGCUGCAGAUUUUAUUCCAGUUGUGCAGCAGGAGUCGCAGCAAGGCAGUAGGUAGUAUUGAAAUAAGUUGA